AUGCUCAACACCAAUAUGGAUGAGAGGGGAGAAAGAGCAUCUGCCCUCACUGUAAUUAAGGGUAUGCGGCUAAGAUACGCCCGUGCAGUGUUGAGGAAAGCAGACAUCGCCCUCACCAAGAGGGCAGGAGAGCUCACUGAGGAUGAGGAGGAAUGUGUGAUCGUCAUUAUGGAGAAUCCACACCAGUACAAGAUCCCACACUGGUUCUUGAACAGACAGGACAUGAAGGAUGGAAACUACAGCCAAGUCCCCACCAAUGGUCUGGACAACCAGCUCUGUGAAUACCUGGAGCAACUGAAGAAAAUUCGGGCCCACGGAGGGCUGGGCCACUUCUGA